CCGGCGGCCGCGGCGCCAUGGACCAGGCGGUGGGUGACCUGAAGCAGGCGCUGCCCUGUGUGGCCGAAGCGCCGGCCGUCCACGUGGAGGUGCUCCAGCGCGGCGGCAGCACUGCUAAGAAAGAAGACAUAAAGCUGAGUGUCAGAAAGCUGCUCAACAGACAUAACAUUGUGUUUGGCGAUUACACAUGGACAGAGUUUGACGACCCUUUUCUGACCAGAAAUGUGCAGUCUGUGUCUAUCGUUGACACAGAGUUAAAGAUUAAAGACCCACAGCCGAUUGAUCUGAGCGCGUGCACUGUCGCGCUUCACGUCUUCCAGCUGAACGAAGAAGGCCCCAGCAGUGAAAAUUUGGAGGAGGAGGCGGAAAACAUAAUUGCGGCGAAUCACUGGGUUCUGCCAGCAGCUGAAUUCCAUGGGCUCUGGGACAGCCUGGUGUACGAUGUGGAAGUCAAAUCUCACCUCCUCGACUAUGUGAUGACAACGCUCCUGUUUUCAGACAAGAACGUCGACAGCAACCUCAUCACCUGGAACCGGGUGGUGCUGCUUCACGGCCCUCCGGGAACUGGAAAGACCUCCCUGUGCCGAGCGCUGGCCCAGAAACUGACCAUUCGACUGUCAAGCAGGUACAGAUAUGGCCAGUUAAUUGAAAUCAACAGCCACAGCCUGUUUUCUAAGUGGUUUUCAGAGAGUGGCAAGCUGGUGACGAGGAUGUUCCAGAAGAUCCAGGAUCUAAUCGACAACAAGGACGCUCUGGUGUUCGUGCUGAUUGAUGAGGUGGAGAGCCUCACGGCCGCCCGCAACGCCUGUAGGGCGGGCACCGAGCCUUCAGAUGCCAUCCGCGUGGUCAAUGCCGUCCUGACCCAGAUCGAUCAAAUCAAAAGACACUCCAACGUGGUGAUCUUGACCACCUCCAACAUCACGGAGAGGAUCGACGUGGCCUUCGUGGACAGGGCCGACAUCAGGCAGUACGUCGGGCCGCCCUCUGCCGCGGCCGUCUUCAAAAUCUACCUGUCCUGUCUGGAGGAGCUCAUGAAGUGCCAGAUCAUCUACCCGCGCCAGCAGCUGCUGACCCUCCGCGAGCUAGAGAUGAUCGGCUUCAUCGAAAACAACGUGUCAAAGCUGAGCCUCCUCCUGAGUGAGAUUUCAAGGAAGAGUGAGGGCCUGAGCGGCCGCGUGCUGCGGAAGCUCCCCUUCCUGGCUCAUGCACUGUACAUCCAGGCCCCCACCGUCACCAUCGAGGGCUUCCUGCAGGCUCUGUCUCUGGCGGUGGACAAGCAGUUCGAAGACAGGAAGAAGCUUUCGUCCCGCGUCUGAUGUGGGCUCUGCCGCCCGCGGUGCCCGUGAGCCCAGCUGGGAGGCUGCUCGGCGGAGCCUCCACCGCAUGACGGGCCUGCAGAGCCACGUGUCGCCGCGAGGCGUGUGCUGUGCCGCAAGCUUUAACACGCGUGUUAGAAGGCAGGUGGCCUGUCGCAGGUGGCUUGUUUUAAAGAGCAAUAGUUCACAUUCUGCUGUCUUUUUGUAAAGAACCGUCUAGGUGUGUUUAUUUCAUCCUGCCUCUGGUCGGUGGGACACAAAAUGCUGACAAUUUUGUUUGAAAGGAGGAUUGCUAGAGCUUAGGGAAACAGCGGAGAAACUGCGUCCCGUAAUGGUGUGAUCGUGGUGUUAUGAGUGUUCCCGUCACUCAGGGUCGAGUGGCUCCGCUGUCUGCUGUGGGCUCGCUCAGCGCGACGUUUCAGAAACCAUCUAAUGAAGAAAGAAAAGCUAUUCCUGUGUCACAGAAGUUGAGAAAAUUCUGGGGACAGCGUUUGCACCGUAGUCAGCCCCCUGGGACGGCGGGCCCUCGGCAGGCGGAUGGCACAGGGCGCACCCUCCCGUUCCUCCCAUGACGUUAUCACGGCUCAGACCAAGGUUCACCUGAGCAGGUGUGAAAGCAAUUGGCCAAUAUUGGUAUAUUCCAUAGAACAUGUUUAUUUUUGUCUCACACUAAAAUAAAUUUCAUAUUAGUGUUUUA